AUGUCUGAACAAUUAGUAUCCCAUGAGAAGGAUUCGGCUAUUGAAAGAGCUCUUGAUAUCUGGCAAAAGGGUGUUUUGAAAGAAAAGGAUGGAUCCAUGUCAGAUGCCAUCAAUUUUUAUAGAAAUGCAUUACGAAUACAUGACAACGUGGAAAAGAUUUAUAGAAAGAAGUUACAUGAGGAAUGGGAAUUGCAUAAGAAGUUACAAGCUUUAGAGAUAAAGACCGGACCUCACGAAACAAUACCAACUUCGACUACCGAUGUGGAAAGACCAAAAGAAGAGCUCUUACCUUGUUGGAUAUUGGAAAUGCUGCCCAAUGAUAUAUUAUUGAGGAUAAUAAAAUACGUUGUUUUAUCCUCUGGUGAAUCUUGGGUUAACUUAUCAUUAACUUGCUCUACCUUUAAUAAAUUAUGUUUUCACAGCACCACCCCCUUCCAAACGUUUUCCGAUUUCAUUUAUUCGAAGCAAGUGUACGAUAAGCAAACGGUAGAAUUCAAAACUAAAGAUGAUCUUAAAUUAAUUGAAAGAGAUCUUUGGGGAGGUGAUGAUAGAGAAAUGAUAAAGAAUAGACCGUUUGUGAAGUUCCAAGGGAUUUACAUCAGUGUCGUAAACUACAUGCGAUAUGGUGCAAAUGCAGAGGGGUCGUCUUCAUUGCUAAGCCCUGUCCAGAUGAUCACGUAUUAUAGAUAUUUCAGAUUUUAUGAAGACGGAAGAUGCCUAAGAUUGUUAACUACUGAUGAACCUUCUAAAGUCGUUAGUCAUUUUUCGAUAGAAACGAAACCUCGUGGAAGUGCUAUUUGCUUUUGGAAGCUAGAAUUUGAUUAUAAUUUUGGUCAACUAAUUGUCACUAGAAAUACUGACAAGUAUGACUUUAUCGAAGAACUACAGAUUAGAAAUCAAGGUCGGAAAGUGCAUCAUAGAUUAAAGUGGCUCCGUUCAAGCGCUAUUGCUGAAGAUGGAUCUGUAUCAGAAUGCUCUUUGAGAAAUGAGAAACCUUUCUUUUUUUCUCGAGUGAAAUCAUAUAUUUAG